UUCCCGCUUUUUCCCGCUUUUUCCCGCUUUUCCCGGCGUUUCCUCUGCCCCGCAGCCGCCGGGAUGAAGCCGGAGGAGGCUCCGUCCUGCCGGGAGCAGGGAGCGCCGCUCCCGGGAGCCGGCUCCCGUCCCGCCGCGCUCCCGGUGCUGUGCGCGGGCUGCGGCCGCGGCAUCUGGGACCGGUUCCUGCUGCGGGUGAACGAGCGCUCGUGGCACGAGCGGUGCCUGCGCUGCUCCGAGUGCGGCCGCGCCCUGCGGGGCCGCUGCUUCAGCCGCGAGCGCCGCCUGCUCUGCGCGCCCGACUACGAGCGGCUGUUCCCGCGCUGCUGCAGCCGCUGCCGGGGCGCGCUCGGGCGCUCCGAGCGCGUCCUGCGCGUCCUGGGCCGCGUCUUCCACGAGCGCUGCCUCCGCUGCGGCUCCUGCGGCCGCCGCCUCCGCAGCGGGGACGAGUUCGUGCUGCGCGACGGGCGCAUCCUGUGCCGCGGCCACGCGGGGACCGGCACCACCGGCACCACCGGCACCACCGGGACCAGCGGGCCCGCCGCCGAGGACGGAGCUCGGAGCGAGGACGAGGAGGGCCGGGAUUCCCGGUGCUCCCGGAAUUCCGGCGGGAAGGACCCCAAACGCUCCAAGCGGCCCCGAACCAUCCUGAGCUCCCAACAGCGCCGGGCGUUCAAGGCCUCCUUCGAGGUCUCCUCCAAACCCUGCCGGAAGGUGCGGGAGACGCUGGCGGCCGAGACGGGGCUGACGGUCCGGGUGGUCCAGGUGUGGUUCCAGAACCAACGAGCCAAGAUGAAGAAGAUUGCCCGCAGGCAGCAGCAGCAGGAGCAGCUCGGGAAUUCCAGAGGGGGAAUUCCAGGCGGGAGAGGAGCCGGGAGGAGCGGCCGGGAUGGGAAUGAGGAUGAGGAGGGCCUGCAGCGGAUCCUGGUCCCGUUUUCCCGGAUUCCGCCGCCGCCCCUGGAGCCCGGCGGAUUCGAGGGCGAGGCCGGAACGUUCCGGGGAACGCCCCCGGAGCUCCGGCCCUUCGACUCCGAGGGAGUUUUCCAGGAGCUGGACGGGGACACCCUGGGAUCCUUGGGAGCGGCCCUGAUCUCCAUGGAGAAUUCCCAGCAGCUGAUCCUUGGGAAUGCCAGAAUUCCCGAAAUCCCCGAGCCCGGGAAUCCCAUGGAGCGCCUGUACUCCAUGCAGAGCUCCUACUUCACCUCCUGACACCCCGGAAUUCCCGAAAAUCCCAGAAAUCCCAGCCCUGGGAAUCCCAAAAAAACUGGGUUCGACCCCCCCCCCCAGGAUUCCGCUGGAAUUUGGUAUUUUCCCUCUGCUCCCGUGCCAAUUUUGGGGAAUUUUUUGGGGGGGAAAUUUUUGGGAAUGCUUCCUCCUUUUU